UUCCGCGCACAGCCGCUGGACCACAGCGCCGCACGCACAAAACUCACAGACCUCAGCCUCUCCGACUGGCCACCAGGAAAGGAAGGACUAAAACAUAAAAAAGGAAACCACCAGUAAAUUACUUUUGUUUUAUUGUGAAACAUUCCUCCAUACGACCUGGUUUUUGCCGUGCGUAAAGAAAGAACUGUUGUGCGCGUUUUUUUUUGUUAGUUAGUUUGUUUUUUUUUUACAGAAGAAUUUCCAUCCGUGAUAACACUGUCGACCGACCACAGUCUUUUAAGUAACAACUUCUCUCAUAGGUUUUCUUGAAAUGAGCGAGAAGCAGGGCAAGUGCCUUAGCGGGAACCCCUGCAGUCCAACGGGAACCUCGAGCUCAAUGUCGCAGGACGACUCGGAUUCCGACUCACCCUCGUCCCCGGCGGGGUCCGACGGCCACGGUCACGGGUGCCAGCUGCACUCCGAGAUGGGCACGAAGCUGGAGCGCGCGGCGGACGACCGCUUCCCUUCCUGCAUCCGCGACGCCGUGUCGCAGGUCCUGGAGGGAUACGACUGGUCGCUGGUCCCGAUGCCAGUGCGGGGAAACGGGUCGAUGAAAAGCAAGCCGCACGUGAAGCGACCCAUGAACGCCUUCAUGGUGUGGGCGCAAGCCGCGCGCAGGAAGCUGGCGGACCAGUACCCGCAUCUUCACAACGCCGAGCUCAGCAAGACGCUCGGGAAGCUGUGGCGCUUGCUGUCGGAAAGCGAGAAGAGGCCGUUCGUGGACGAAGCGGAGAGGCUGAGGGUCCAACACAAGAGAGACCACCCCGAUUAUAAGUACCAGCCCCGGCGGCGGAAGAACGUGAAGAACGGGCAAAGCGACUCGGACUCCGGGGCGGAGUUGAGCCAUCAUCCUUCGGGGCAAAUGUACAAAGCAGAGCCGGGCAUGAUCAGCCUGGCAGGCAUGGCAGACGGACACCACCACCCGGAACACGCAGGGCAACCUCACGGACCCCCAACCCCUCCCACUACCCCGAAAACCGAUCUGCACCACGGAGGAAAGCAAGAUCCGAAGCACGAGGGCAGGCGACUCCUGGACAGUGGCAGACAGAACAUCGACUUCAGCAACGUGGACAUCUCCGAGCUCAGCACCGACGUCAUCAGCAACAUGGAAACCUUCGACGUGCACGAGUUCGACCAGUACUUGCCUCUCGGCGGCCACGCGGCCGCCACUGCUUCCCUGCCCACGGACCACAGUCGCGGACAAAGUUCAGCGAACGGCGCCUCCUACGGCUCUGCGUACAGCCACGCGGGAGCUAACGGCGCGGCCUGGAGUCACAAGAGCGCGGCGUCCUCCUCCUCCUCAUCCGGCGCGAGCGAGACGGGCCAGCAAAGACCGCACAUCAAAACCGAACAGCUGAGUCCCACCCACUACACGGACAACUCCCACGGUGGUUCCCCCUCUCACCCCGACUACGGCUCCUAUGGCGCCCAGGCCUGCGUGUCUUCCUCCGCCGCUUCGUUCUCCGGUUCCCAGUGCGACUAUACGGACCUCCAGAGCUCCGGUUUCUACAGUCCGUACUCCGGGUACGCCUCUGGGAUUUACCAGUACCCGUACUUUCAUUCUUCGCGCAGGGCGUACGCGACCCCCAUCAUAAACAGCCUAUCCAUCCCUCCUUCCCACAGCCCCACUGCAUCCUGGGACCAGCCGGUAUACACCACUCUGACAAGGCCUUGAUUUACACACCUGCGGACUGUGCGGACGUUUCAUUCGGAUUUACGCAAGGAACUACGGAAGUGUAAUGUUCCCACUCACAAAGUCUUACGGAGCCUUUAAGGUCUUGCCCUCCUUAGAUUUCUGCACUAAUUGAGGAACAGAAUUUGGCGGAAGCGCACCAAGUUGUCUGUUGAAGACGGAGAGGAAGGAAAAACGAAGUGCCUGCUGACUUUAAAGCUAUAUUUCUCGUGUUUUUUUUGAACUCUUGGACAAUUAUUAUAAAUGAAGAAACCGACAUUCUCGUGCCUACACGCAUCCCCUCUGUGAGGACUGCACAAUGUCCACGUGCAUAAGUGCGGCCACGUAGAAGUGCGCAUGUGUUGUAGCCUACACUGCGUCGUUGUGAGCGCGCUUGCCUUGUAUGAUAUAAUAACGUGUGAUGUUGGAAAUAAUUCUGCGCGUGAACAUACCAUGGACAUAGGCUGGGCGGAGGUAUACAAGAGAGACCUGGGACCAGUUUUGUGAUUUUACAUUUGAAUUGUUAUUAUUUUUCACUUUUAGAAUCUCCUUCGGGCACACGAUCAUGGAUCAUCAUCCAAGCCCAUAUUCAGCCUAUGUUUUAAAUAUUAAUGUUGUUGUUUUAUUUGGGGCUGUAAAAGUGUACUUGUGUUAACUGCGUUGUUGUUCUUUUUGCAUUACUUGCAUUAUGUUAUACGCGUUUUGUUUUUGAAAAUGUAAUCUAUUUUAAAAAUAAUUCCGCCAAUGCGGUCUGCCACAACCACCUUUCUUUAAAAAAAACCAUAAACCAGUAGGCUACAUAUCUCCUUUCCCGAUUGAUAAGCAAACUAGAAAUUGUUUUCACAAAUACUGAGCGACUCAAUAAUGAUAUGCUAUGCAAUGUGAUGCAACAGGUGCCUUAGACGCCGACUGCCCACCAUGGAUUAGUCACGACAUAAGGGUUAAGGAAAUGGCGGUAAAACGAUACACUGCGCUCUGUGAGCGACUGGCCAGCUGGGCUUGUGCCUCGCGCUGAAUGAGGCGGAAUACCGCGCCUCGGUAAUUUACGUUUUUUAAAGCCCCGGAGUUUCGCCGCGGCUGGACUGCAUUUUUUUUUUUUUUUGUGUGUGGAAACGGAGACAGAAAAGCGGGCCGCAGUAACCCGGGACAGAGAUUUAGCUCACUACUGACCGUGGUUCACGCAUAUACGAAAUAAUAUAAAAAGGGUUGUAAAUUUUGGGACAGAAAAAACCAAACAACCCCUCAAAUUUGUAUUGACUAACACGUUUAUAUGUGCGUGUCUACGUGUGUGCAUACUUGAUGUCUCUACUGGAUCUGUUUUGUGCUUGGACAUUUAAUAAUUUAACACGUACUCCUAACGAUAGCCUACCUGUGCCUUAAAUUGCUCCCUUUUCUAACCGCGCUUCUCGGUUGAAUUUCUUCUUCAGAAUAAUUUAAUUCGCACGUACAGAGUUCUGCGCUUUUCCUCUAACAAAGAAAAAUAAAUACAUCUAUGGUAUUGUUUUGCUGCGUUACAUUGGGUGAAAUUCGUUAAGACGCUUAGGUGAUCACGGUGUGACGUCCACCAUCCUACGGAUUCGGAAUAUCAUAUCCGAUGGCCGAUUGUGACGUUGUGACCACGCGAGAACAGUGUUUUCUUCUUAACCUUUCCUUCUUUACAGUGCAUUUGGAAAUAAAUCAACUGUUAAAAUAUAUUCUGUGUUAACUAGAACAUUCUCUCACAAUAUUCUUGCACAUGAAAAAUAAAAAAGCCUUUUAUACCAAA